AUGAUUGCGUUUCUCGAUAGCCAACAGAAUGGAACUGCUUCACAAACCGCUCGCCCAGCACGUCAAGCUCGCGUUCAGGUGAUUGCUUCGCCAACGCCAAAGGAAGCAAGUCAACUAUUUGAACUGAUCGUCGACUUGGACGAACAAUCUGUAGUGAAGCUUGAGAAUCUCAAGGGAAAACACUCGUAUAUUGAUUCGAGCUACAUGGGCGAGGUCGAGAGGGCCUGCCUAGCGGAUGAGCGAGUGCAAGCCGAGAUACAGACUCUGCAGCUUCCUCCUGAGGCGGUGGUCUGUGUCGAAGCGUGGGCUUAUGCAACGGAUGGCAUGAAUGACAUGACUGAGAGAAUAACCAUGUGCUGGUUCUAUAUGCGCCUUACGAGCAAUGCAGAUGCCAAUUACUACGCAUAUCCGCUGGAUAUCUGCGCUGAAGUAGAUGAGAAACUACAUGUUAUCAAAGUCUAUCGGCUGCCGUCAAGCCACGCCGAAAGAAUUCACAACGAGUCUCGGCCAUAUGACCGCAGCAAGAUCCACCCAGCCACAGACAGUGAAUAUCACCCAAGUCUACGAUCAGAAUACCGACAGACCACAAAACCAUACCAGGUCGUACAGCCAGAGGGUCCUUCAUUCCAUGUCGAUGGAAAUUCGAUAACCUGGGAGAAGUGGAAUCUGCACGUCGGCUUCAACUAUCGAGAGGGUCUCACGCUUCAUGAUGUUCGCUAUGAUGGGCGCAGCCUCUUCUAUCGCCUGUCGCUGGCGGAGAUGUUUGUGCCUUAUGGAGAUCCCCGAUCGCCGUACCAGCGAAAGGCAGCCUUUGACCUGGGCAACGACGGGGCUGGCAUCAAUGCCAACAAUCUUCAGCUUGGGUGCGAUUGUUUGGGGACGAUCAAGUACUUUGACGGGUGGCAUAACACGCGGUCUGGUGAACCGCUGAAGAUGCCCAACGUGAUUUGCUGCCAUGAGCAGGACGACGGCAUUUUAUGGAAGCAUACCAAUUUCCGCACAAAGAAUGCCGUUGUGACGCGGUCUCGCAUUCUGGUGCUGCAGACCAUCAUCACUGUCAGCAACUACGAGUACAUCUUUGCGUUCCACUUUGGACAAGAUGCCUCGAUCCAUUACGAGGUGCGAGCAACGGGCAUUUUGUCGACUGCGCCAAUUGCCGUGGGAGAAACAGUGCCGUAUGGAACUGUUGUGGCGCCGGGUGUGCUUGCGCCGUAUCACCAGCAUCUUUUCUGUCUUCGCAUCGACCCGGCGAUUGAUGGGCAUGCAAACUCGUUGCAGGUUGAGGAGAGCCAUGCCCUGCCGAUUGAGGAUCCCGAGGUUCAUAACCCGCUGGGAGUAGGGUAUGUGACGAGCAAGCAGAUGAUUGAUAAUGAGCAGGGGCUGGAUCUGGAUUUUGCCACGAAUAGGACCUUUAAGAUUGUGAAUGAGCAAGUUGUCAAUCCCGUAACCGGGACGCCUGUGGGGUUUAAGAUUGUGCCGUUUUACAGCCAGAUGCUGCUUUCUCAUCCGACGUCUCACCAUGCGCGGCGUUCGGAGUAUGGGAAGCAUGCGAUUUGGGUUACUCGCUAUGAUGACGAGGAGUUUUUCCCGGCUGGGCGGCAUACGAUGCAGUCUCGAGGAGGAGAUGGCAUUGCCUCGGCUAUUGAGAGGAGGCGGAUGGACGCUUUGGCUAAGACGUCUGUGCGGAAUGAGGAUAUUGUUGUUUGGCAUACGUUUGGGUCAACGCAUAACCCGCGUAUUGAAGAUUGGCCGGUUAUGCCGUCGGAGAAGAUGGUUGUUGGGCUGAAGCCGUUUAAUUUCUUCAGGGGGAAUCCAGGGCUGGAUGUUGCUGUGUCGACGCAGGAACAGAAUCGGAGCGUUGAAGUGGGAGCUGAGGCUUGUAGAGCGUGUAAUACGUGUAACUAA